CUUAGGUGACCUUUCUCCCUUGUGUUCUGAGUCUUGAAAAGAAAAAUCCAAUGUUGAGAUCGACUAGGCUCAAAGCUUUUAAGGUUCAUUGUGGUUUGUAUACAUUUUUUUUAAAAAAAAAAAUCAAUGGUUUACAGUAUUGUGACAUCCUGAGCUGAUCUAAUGUGUUGCUAAGUUCUGGACAUUUUUGAAUUUUUUUUCUUGCACAUACUGAGCUUUCUAUUGUGCAGCCGAAAGUAAAAAUACGAAAAAUUGUACACCAAAUUUACACCCAAGCCUCCUCUCCAGCCCACACAUCUUUCUCACUCUCUCUCCACCGCCGAGGCGCCGCCUGCUACAGCAACACAUGGAGCUAGCGCGCUGACAGGCGUCGUCCAGCAUGAAGCUCCAACACAUUUCCCUUGUGUGGGGCUCUGAGUUUUCUGUUCUUCCUCUUUUUGAGGACAAGGGGGAGGGGGAGGGGGAGGGGAAGGAGGAGACCAUGGAGUCCGGAGAAGAACUAUCUGCAGAAACACACGUUCCACACGGAGUGAUCUCAGAAGAACAGUCCUAUGUUUACACUUCACCACCUCCCCCUCCAGCAGAGAACGAUCUUCUCAUACUCAAACCAGCAGGCUGGGCGAUCAACUUCGUCUUUCUUCACCUCGUAUUCAUUUACCGCAUUGUCUCUGCCGUCUCCUCUUUCUUCUCCCCCCUCCUCUCGGUCGUCUCCGACUCCCUCGGUCACACUGACGAGCCUAAGCAGACGGCAGAGGCGAGCAGGAGGGUGCAGAGGGGAGUCGACGCAGUCCGCCGCGCUCCAGCCACCGUCUCGGAGGACGGCGGACGGGUGGUAAGGAAGUUGGUGUUAGGCCUCGUGAAAGCGGCCUACUUGUGCUUCGUGCUGACAGCGGCCAUGGUGGUGGCGGUGAUUGUGGGCGUUGGUCUGGUGAGGUCGUGGGCAGAAGAGCCGGUGGUGGCGGAGGAAGCUGUAUCAUUCGACUACACGGAGGAGCAGCCUAGUGCGUCAGUUUUCAUGGGGAGAGCGAGGAUGGCCGUUCCCUUUGCUCACACCAUGUGCGUCUCAUUGGAGAUGGUUUUGCCUGAGUCUGAUUAUAACAGAGAUGUUGGCAUGUUUCAGAUAAUGGCAGAGGCUAUUGCAUCCAAUGGAGCCAUCCUGGCCAAGUCCAGCCAGCCAUGCAUGCUACGAUUUCGAAGCUUUCCUGUCAGGCUAAUCCGUUCUUUUUUUCUCCUCAUACCUCUAGUUCUCGAGAUAUCGGACGAGACGCAGAUGAUCAGAACUCUCGUCUUGAAGUACAAGGAGACGGCCAUGAGAACAGAGCACAUCAAGGUUCGGCUUCAGGCGCGUGCCGGAACGAUGGGUCUUCCGCAGAUCUACUCCGCGAGGAUCAUUCUCAAUUCUAGGCCACCUUGGAAGAAAAAGAUCGUUCAUAGCUGGAGGCUCCCCUUCUACAUAUGGUCGUCUCUGUACGUGUAUAUCAUGCUUCUGGUCGUGUUGGUUUCUUGCUGCCGGAGGGUGAUUUUCCCGGCGUCCCUGCGGUUGAGCGACAACGGGAGCGAAAGUGCGGCCUGGUCUGUGGAAGGGUUUGGUGAUUCUGCUGUGUCGAGGUUGGGGAGAGGGAGAAAGUUGGGUGGUGAGAGCUUCAGUGACGAGGAGGGAAGCUCUGGCGGGUGGUUGGGGACGAGGCGGGCCGUCAGCAGGCUGAAGCGGAGGCGGGCGCUCGAGCAUGGUGGCCCGUCAGAUACUGCGUCGUGCUCUACUUCCGGCGUCACCGAGGAAGGCUCCGGUGAUGCUGAGGAAAUUUCCGUUACUCAAAAGUAACCAUGUAGAAUCUGGUGAAACGACGGUCCACAAAUGAUGCUUUUCAUUUUCUCUGCCUUGAAUAUUGAGCGGCAAAGAAUUACAUCUUUUGACUGCAGUUGAUAGUGAAAUCGAUAUGAAAUAGCUUCAAAUUACCGUUUC